GGGACUACGUAUGUGUGGUGAGGGCGGGGGCCGCGGGCACCGCUGAGGCCACCGCCCGGCUCCGGGUGUUUGCAAAGCCAGAGACCACCGAGGUCUUCCCCAACAAAGGGACGCUGUCUGUGAUGGAGGAGUCGGCCCAGGAGAUUGCUACCUGCAGCAGCCAGAACGGGAACCCGGUCCCCCAGAUCAGCUGGUACCGGGACGGGCAGCGCCUGGAUGUGCCCACGGAGGUGAAUUCAGAGGCCUACAUGACCAGCCGCAGGGUGCGGGAGGCCUCGGGCCUGCUCUCCCUCAGCAGCACGCUCUACCUGCGGCUCCGCAAGGCCGACCGCGACGCCCGCUUCCACUGCGCCGCCCACUACAGCCUGCCCUCCGGCCUGCACGGCCGCCUGGACAGCCCCGAGUUCCGCCUCACCCUGCACUACCCCACGGAGAACGUGCAGUUCUGGGUGGGCAGCCCGGCCACCGCGGAGGGCUGGGUGCCGGAAGGUGACUCCGUGCAGCUGUUGUGCCGGGGGGACGGCAGCCCCAGCCCUGAGUACACGUUCUUCCGUCUUCAGGGCGAGCAGGAGGAAGUGCUGGAUACGAAUCUCGAGGGGAACUUGACCCUGGGGGGCGUGCACCGGAGCCAGAGCGGCCGCUACGGCUGCAGAGUGGAGGACUACGACGCCGCCGAGGACGCGCAGCUGUCCCGGACCCUGGAGCUGCACGUGGCCUACCUGGACCCCCUGGAGCUGAGUGCCGGGGAGGAGCUGUCCCUGCUCCAAGGCAGCAGUGCCACCGUGAACUGCUCUGCCCACGGUCUGCCCGCCCCCGCCCUGCGCUGGACCAAGGACUCGGCACCGCUGGGGGAUGGCCCCAUGCUCCCGCUCAGCUCUGUCACCUUCGACUCCAUGGGCACCUACGUGUGUGAAGCCUCCGCGCCCACCGUGCCCUCCCAGGUGCUCACCCGCACCCGGGCCUUCCAGCUGCUCGUCCAAGGGUCCCCAGAGUUAAGGCCAGAAGAGAUUGAGCCCAAGACAGAGGGCGGCUGGAGAGAAGGAGAUGAAGUCACGCUGGUCUGUUCCGCCCGCGGCUACCCAGUGCCCAAGCUCAGCUGGAGCCAGCUAGGUGGCAGCCCAGCAGAGCCGGCCCCCAGCGGGCAGGGCUGGGUGAUCAGCUCCCUGACCCUGAAGGUGACCAGCACCCUGAGCCGCGACGGUGUCUCCUGUGAGGCCGCCAACCCCCACGGGAACGUCCGGCACGUCUUCCACUUCGGCACCGUGGCCCCCCAGAGCGCGCAGGCCGGAGUGGCUGUCAUGGCUGUGGCCGUGAGCGUGGGCCUCCUGCUACUCGUGGUGGCUGCCUUCUACUGCAUGCGACGCAAGGGGCGCCCCGGCUGCUGCCGGCGCGGGGAGAAGGGGGCUCCGCCACCUGGGGAGCCGGAGCUGAGCCACUCCGGGCCGGAACAGACCGGCCUGCUCGUGGGAGGUGCCUCUGGAGGAGCCAGGGGCGGCAGCGGGGGCUUCGGAGAUGAGUGCUGAGCCCGAGGAACUAAGAGGCAAUCACUGGACCGGAGCUGGGGCCUUGGAGAAGCAGCCGAAUGCCCGCCCGCCCGCCCUGCCCGCCCUCUCCGGUCUCCCUGCCCGGCCCCUCCCUUCCUUCCUCUGCCUGCAAGGCAGGGACCGGCAGCCAUAAGCGUCCCUGGGCGGGGGGCGGGGGCGGGAGGCUGGGAGGGAGUCUUCCUGCAGGGACUGUGACUCUCCCAGGCCCCAGAAUAGCUCCUGGAGCCCAGCCCAGGGCCCGGCCUGGGAUGAGGCACUGAGGGUCGCCGGCCGGCCGGGGCUAUUUUUACCUCCUGCCUCCCUUGCUGGUCCCCUCACCUGCUGCAUAGUCGGACACUGGAUCCCCGCUCCCGCCCCUGCCCUCGCCCUACUCCAUCAUCCAUGGACACUGGAGUCUGGAAUAAAUGCUGUCUCACGUCAA